AUGGGUCUCGAGUGCAUAUACCCAGAAAGUCAGGGCAGGCACAAACGACAGGAAAAGAACAAAAGCCAUCGGGCAGCGGUUCAGCUUAAAGCGAGGGCUACUGGUCUGAUCGUCUGUGAUGAAGCAGACCCUUGCGCCAGGAAAGACCAGCCAGAUUGUGGCAAAGUCUUGGCUUGGGAUGACUUUCAGGACAUGGAAUUUGAUGCCAGAGCCUUUGAUGAGUCUCUAUUCACGUCUCUGAUUAUGGAUAAUCCUAAGCAACACAUUUCAAACGGCGGACCCAGCUCAAGUAACAGUGGCACUAGCAAAUCUACCCUGAAUCCCACCCCAAGAGAAUCGGUGACUCCAGAAAGGAGAAACUGUGCCCCGCUCGCAUCCUGGGGCCAGCUUCCGGAAUCCCCGACUGCAGAACCGCUUUUGCCUUCACUACUCGGCCCGUCAACAAGAAGCAGCAUAGGCGAUUCGGGAUUUUGGGAAGAAGCUCACGUGCCACAUGGCCUUGAUAUUUGGGCUAUGGGUGCCGAUGAACACGGCACACCAGGCUCGACGUCAGAACGAUUGUCUCUCGAGCCUCAGAACAAAACGCGCACAGAGUCUGACGGCUGCUGCUGUCUGCUGAGCUCUAUAUCCUUUCUCGAAAGACUAGUUCAGAAGUCUGCUUCGCGCGAGAACCGUAUCGACCUAUUACUCACCGAAGUUCGCGAUUCCAUUGAGACCUUGGCGGUGUUUAUGGCGUGUGAGAAAUGCGCGGCUCGAGUAGCACAAAACAUGUUGCUCGCAAUGACCACCAGGCAAAUAAGCCUCAUCUGCAAAGCGAUGGCUAACUGCUAUAAGACCAUGCUUACAUGUGGACUUGAUGAUGCAAACCCAUCCCAGCAGAAACCUGGGGAUAUCUCUGCUGAUGCCGUCGAAAUUUCCGUGUCGACGUAUCGCGUUAAACGAUCUGAGAGGCUACACUUGAUCAAAAGUCUAGUAGAUCUCCAAAUUAUUGAGUUCCAGCAGUGUAUUGAUAAAGUCAAGUUUCGAUAUCGCAAUUGGCCAGAUCAAGGCCUACCGGAGGCUCUGGUUGAAGCAGAGGACCAUCUCAAGUUAGCCCAGUUUGCAAUCCGCAAUCAGACAUGA